ACCGGUGAAAAACGAUCUGCAAAACAUAAGCCGAUUCUGAGGCACCGACUGUUAAAUAUUACCGACCGGCAGUCCUGUAGAUUUCAACUCUUGUGGUAAAAUAGAAGGAAAUUGUUCACAUCAAACUAAACGAAAUGAGUGAGCAAAAUCUGACAGUUUCAUGUUCGGAAGGUUCACUGGGGAAUUUACACCUGCAAUUGACAUUUCUGUUGGUUUUAAAUAUUUUCCUCGCCAUUGUAACCAUCUUGGGGAACAAGCUGAUUCUUGUUGCUCUACACCAUGAGUCUUCCCUUCAUCCGCCGUCCAAACUCUUGCUUCGUGGUCUGGCCACCACUGAUCUUUGCGUCGGACUAAUCUCCCAGCCUGUUUGUGUUGCCUUUUGGGUCUCAAUUGUAGUCAAAAACUGGACCAUUUGUCGAUACUCGAGAAUGUUGCGUUUUAUCCUGGGUUACCUUCUAGGUUCUGUGUCUUUGCUGACGUUGACUGCAAUCAGUGUUGAUCGACUACUCGCCUUGUUAUUAAGGUUGCGAUACAGACAGGUUGUAACCUUAAAGCGAAUAUACUUGAUUUUAGCUGUCAUUUGGGUAAUUUCAACUUUCGCUGCGGUAAUCUCACUUUGGAACGACCUUAUCACAACAUGGUAUGGCUACAUUGGAAUAUCACUGUGUUUAGCUAUCUCAUCAUUUUCCUACUCAAUCAUCUUCUGGAAACUCCGCCAACAUCAAACUCAACCGCGUAUACAGACAAAUGCGGAAACAAGUCAACUGAACGUCACGCGAUAUAAAAGGGCAGUCGCUAGUGCGUUGUGGCUGCAGUUGGCUUUAAUAACUUGCUAUCUACCAUAUGAAAUUACCGAUAUUAUAUACAAUCUGAAAGAUCUCACCCCAUCAGUUUUUCUCGCUGCUCAAUGUGGAAUCAUUUUAAUCUACUUGAAUUCAGCACUGAAUCCCAUUCUUUAUUGCUGGAAGAUCGCUGAGGUGAGACAAGCAGUGAAGGACACGUUAAGAAAAUGGUGCUGCUAAUUUGCUAUUUCAAAAUUUCAUAUGAAAACCAGUUCUGCAAUCUUACGCAUCAAUUUCAGCAAAUGUUUUCACCGCUGGAGGCGACUUCGAAGAGAGGAAGGACGCGGAAAGGCUAUGGUCAGUCGAGCUAUUUGUAUUGAAGUGGCUCACUUCAUGAAAAUGGAUUCAUUUAUGCUGCUCCAGGGUCUUUUAAAAAUCGCCGGAAGUGGGCCGAUGAAAACACUUCCGGUGACUAAGGAACUAGCCAAACUAUUUCUGCAGGGGCACAAAACGAGCCUAAUAACGCCAAGAGAUGGAUGACGAUCAAAUAAGGGUUUGACUGUUGAAGCCUGCCAUCUCUGAUUAGAUUAGGAACUCUGCUUCAACUUGCAGCCUUUGGUUUGAAGGGUUUCAGAUAUUUUCAAGAUGUGCUUAACAUUUUGGCAACAUUCAUUAGAGAUCAGGGUCACAGAUUUCCGGGGGAAGAAUGGCUGAGCUUCUCGUUGUGAAAGGCGGAGUCGUUCAACAAUAAUUACCUUCUUAUGGCAGAUAACUUAAGAGAAACGUACUCUUGCUUCCUUUAUCUUAUCGUUUGGUAUUUGAAAGAUUUUAUAAGACUAAACCAUUUUCGUUCAUGAUUUAAAAUUAUUGUGCAAUUCGACAGACUUUAUCUUUGGGUUACUUCAUAAUUUAACUCGUCAUCUCCUGCAGAUUCGUGGCUUUAAUUCAAAAGUCUGCUAACACUUUGGAGUAUGACGCGUGAAUUGAUGCCUGUAAAAUCAUUGCAUCAAAAUGUCAACAUCAC